CAUAACCAAGAAGGUAGAGAGAGAGAGAGAGAGAGAUUGAGGAAAUGGGGAAGAGCAAGGUUCUAGUAGUAGGGGGAACAGGGUAUAUUGGGAGGAGGAUAGUGAAGGCAAGUCUAGCACAGGGACAUGAAACAUAUGUGAUUCAACGCCCUGAGUUGAGCCUCCAAAUUGAGAAGCUGCAGAUGUUGCUCUCAUUCAAGAAGCAAGGUGCUCAUAUUGUUCAAGCCUCUUUUUCCGAUCAUCAGAGCCUUGUGGAUGUGAUCAAGCAGGUUGAUGUUGUCAUCAGUGCCAUCUCUGGUGUUCAUAUCAGAAGUCACAGCAUAGCCUUGCAACUCAAACUAGUUGAGGCCAUCAAAGAUGCUGGCAACAUCAAGCGUUUCUUGCCUUCCGAAUUUGGCCUAGACCCAGCAAGGAUGGGGCAUGCAUUAGAACCAGGAAGGGUAACAUUUGAUGACAAAAUGGCUGUGAGAAAAGCAAUAGAGGAAGCUAAGAUCCCUUUCACAUACAUCUCUGCAAAUCUUUUUGCUGGAUACUUUGCUGGCAGCCUCUCUCAAAUGGGGUCUUUUGUGCCUCCAAGGGACAAAGUUCAUCUCUUUGGAGAUGGCAAACUCAAAGCUGUUUUUCUGGAUGAGGAUGAUGUUGCAACAUACACAAUCAAGACAAUAGAUGACCCUCGAACACUAAACAAAACAUUGUACCUAAGGCCUCCAGAAAAUGUUCUCUCUCAAGGAGAGCUUAUUGGAAUUUGGGAGAAACUUAUUGGAAAGGAACUGGAGAAGACAUACAUAUCUCCUGAAGGCUUUCUUACAACAUUGAAAGGGUUGGAUUAUAAACUUCAAGUUGGGAUUGGGCACUUCUUCCAUAUUUUCUACGAGGGAUGUUUAACAAAUUUUGAAAUUGGGGAGGAAGGAGAAGAAGCAUCCAAGCUUUACCCUGAGGUUAAUUACACACGCAUGGAUGAUUACCUAAAAAUUUAUGUGUAAAAUGAAAUCAUUUUGCAUGAGUUCAGUGGUUCAAACGUGAACAUGGUAUUAGUUAAAAUAACCUUACUAUGAGGAGAUUUUGUUCUUAUAAUUCGAUGGGG